AUGUCGAUCAUUCACAAUGAUUGGGAUUCGGACAGCAGUUCUGUUAUCUCCGCUAAUUUUUUUUUCCAAGACCUUCCUGAUGAGUCGGCCAAGGCGACAAAAGACACUACAGUCUCCAUAUCAUACAACACACCAAUUAUAAUUCACAAUCGUGAUAAUUUUGCUUUUGGAAUUAAACUGGACUCCAAUUUCCCUAGCCAUGCAUCUAAGUUAUCAAUUGUUUUGCCAAUUCUUGACAUUAUGAUCCCGAGACGUUGGAGAAACUACUCUUCUUCCCUUACAUCGAGCGACAUCAUCAAUCAAGCUUUCUUGCUAGAAGAUCUUGAAGUUGAGAAUAAAGUUGAACAAGCUGGAGAGGAUGCUGAUGAUGAAGGAGAAGAGGGACAAGAACAAAAUGAUGAUAAUCGCAUUUUUUCACAGAUCAAUAGUCACGAUUAUUUUGAUGAAGAAAAGACUCCUGAAGUAUCAAUAAUAUUCAACGACUAUUCAUACAUCAAUAAUACUAAUGACAAGCUGAAUAAUGAAGAGCCAGAAAAGUCACAUAUCAUAUUGACAAUGAUCGAUUUUGAUGCUUCGAAAGAUUACAGUGCCAAUGUGGAAAAUUCUGGAUCCACAAUUAUUGCCGAUGAUCUCAAUAUUAAUGACACUACUACUGAUGAAGCAAACAAUGAUGAUUCCUUGGACCUGAGCCACACACUAAGCAGAAUUGUGGAAAGAAUCGAUAGUUUGGAAUUUCGCUAUCGUGAUAAUAUUGAAUAUUCUCAAAUUGAUACAAUUGAUGAUUCAAAUGAGCAAGUCUCUAAAGAUGAACCCACAUUCAACAAUGAAAACGAGGAUAUUGAUAAGCAACACACUACACAUUCUUUAUUUCUUGAAAGUUUCCUCAAUGAUUUUACUAGUGAAUUGCUGCACAUUACUACCAGAGAAUCCAUCGACUGCUGCAAGGAAAAGAAAACACUAAAAGUUAUUUCCCCAUACCCUUCGCCACCGUCUUCUCCACCACCACCUAGAUCUCCUUCUAGAGAUCUUUUUUCAAAUUCAGUAUUGGAUACACAUAACGAAUCUCCUGCUCCCCUUCAAUCGUCUAUCAUCUCCGAUGUUCAAUCCACAUCUUCCUCAGCUCAAUCAAACAUCAUUACAACAAAUAUCUCAACUCCUCCCUCAACUUCUACUGCAGCUCCCGUUUCAGCUCUUACUUCAGCUCCAAUCGAAAAAUCUCAAGAGCUUUCGAAACUAAUGAAACAUGUGCCUUUUAUUAAAUCCAAUAAGAAGAAGGCAAAAACGAAUAAUAUUGAAGGUUGGACGGAACGCUACGGAGAUCUAAUCUCUUUAAAUCCAUUAAUGUCCCCAGAAGCACCUGAAACCAAUGAAAUUGCCAAUAAUCCUGCUAGUAAUGGAGCGAAGGUUUCUAUUUCUAAUAUAUCCCCGCAUGUCAUAAUCAAUCUACAAGAAUAUCAAUUUAGGAAGAUCCGCAAAGUAUUGAAUGAUGUGUUGAGUCAUUGGUGGAGCAAAGAAGUUACAAACCGAAAAAAGUUUGGCCAUGAUCCUUUAAAGUUCACAAAGGGGGAAAAUAUUUUCGCCAGGUAUGUUCGUACUUUGAAAAUUAUUCUUUUUGAUCAACCAGUCGAUGAUACUGGUGAAAACGACCCUGUUGAGAAACCCCAGAAAUUCAGUAAGCCUAUCAAAGCCAUAAGAUCCCGUCGUUCAAAAUUGAUGAGCUGGAUGGUCAGAAAUCAUUUGCAGCGGAAAAAUUUCGUCUUGAGAUUAGAAGAAACCGGUUGUAUUAUUGUUGAAGGGAAAUAUGGUGAUCCAUGA